AUGUCCAGGUUCCCCGUCGAAGACGCUCAAGGGCUUCGUUGGCCCCGGCGUCCGGAUCGAAAGGUCUUAAUUCACUGGUGCUUCAAAGACGCAGUCGCCGAGAACAAUAUCGGUAAAACAAUCGAGAACGCUUGGGCGACUUGGGCACGCGGACUUGGACCUGCGGGAGCAGCGAACGGCCACAACCUCCAUUUCCAACGCUGGAAAUCACCCAAAGAGCUUUCCUAUCCGUACUGCUUCAUGUUACCGAACGUAUGGGACCCACAGAUACCGGAGGCAGCUGUGCAAGUGCACUGGAUGGAAAAUAGUCCCACGGUUGGCGCUGCGUCCGCUUCGACUGGCUACAUAGCUAACGGCCCUGCCGGUCGACAUAACCUUAUGAUAUCGGGACAAGCGACAGACCAGGAAAAGGACUUCGCUGCAACACAUGAGAUGGGUCACGUUUUUGGCCUCCGCCACGAGCACGAGCGCUCCGACCGAGAUCAGUACAUCAUCUACAAUUGCAGAAACGUCUAUGGGUUCGCCGAAGCAUUGGGAGCAUGUAUGGCCGAUGACAACACUUGCACAGAAGUCAUGCUCUGCAAUGAUCGUGCUCUUGCACUGAAAUACAAUUUCGGCGGCUCCGAAUUCAUCAGCUAUAACAUAGCUCCAGAAAUACCCUCGGCAUACGACUAUGACUCUAUCAUGCAUUACGACAGUACUCGAGGUUCAAAUGACGCCAUAUAUGGAGCGGACGCAACAAACCCCUCGUUGUAUCCGAUGUACACAGUGGAUGCGACGGGCGCGACCAAAUUCCUAAAACUCAGAGGCCACCACCCGUUCCCACUAUUCAUGGUAUCCGCCGGGGACGUCUCGAUGAUACGUGCUAUGUAUCCGUUCUAG